AUGGACGCGGUUAUCUUGACACCGCGGCUGAAACUGAUUCUGCUGGACAAGGCUGAAGCAGGAAGCAAGGAGUUCGAGUGGCUGCAUCAGCUGCACAGCGAUGAGAAGACUACGUGGUGGAGCAUCCACGGUCGGGCGAAGUCGAUCGAGGACACGCAAAGAAUCUCUGGAGGUUAUCUUCCCACCAACAAAACAGAACCAGAACGACCAAAGAGCUACAGGGUCGCCUAUGCAGUCCAUAAGAUCCUUGAGCCGACAGCCAGCUCCGUGGAGACCGAACCACAAACUGUCGGGCCUGGAGUGGAUGCGACAGAAUCCAUUGGUCUUAUAACCAUGAAAUCGGUGGACAGCGGCCACCUUGCUUUGCCAGAGAGUCUCACAAUCCCGGCUGCGGCUGCGGAUACAACUUUGACUGUCGAAUUGUCGUAUAUGUUUUUGCCGACAGCGUGGGGGAAAGGAUACGCCACCGAGUCAUUGAGGGCAGUGUUUGAGUCCUGCAAGAGAGCGCUAUCGUUCUGGGAUCCUUUCAAGAAAGUUUAUGUCAGGGCGAUUGUGAACCAGGGCAAUCCACUCAGUAUGCGGGUGAUGGACAAGACUGGGAUGACAAAGCGUGGUGUCUACGAAUGGAGCGCGAAGCCCAUUUUCAUCGGUGGAGAGUGGCGAGAGCACCAUAGUCUCCAUAUCUUCGGGAUGCAUCUGAUUGAGUGA